CUCAUGACUUCAUUGGUACGUGGAGGAAUCAAGAUGAUUGAUCAGUUCAUCAACUUUGUAAUUCGCCCUCCUAGGGCUGAGUAUGAUCCUGAUCAGUAUUUAUGGGAGAAGGAUUUUAGCAUCGGUGGCACCAAGUGUAAAAGACAAGACUUGGAGGCAAGGGUCACACCUUGCGUUGCAGUCACUACAUCCCCGCUUCUUCUUUGGAGGAUAAUCCUCUCCCAUGUGUUAUAUACUGCCAUGAAGAACCUGAUUCGUUUGUUUUGGAAUCUGAUCAGUGGAUGCAGGGCAGAUGCAAAUGAGGCAGCUAUGGUUCUUCUUCCAUCUAACAUUACUGUUUUCACACUUGACUUCUCGGGGUCAGGCUUAUCUGAUGGUGAUUAUGUGAGCCUUGGCUGGCAUGAGAAAGAUGAUCUCAAGACUGUGGUAUCUUACCUGAGAAGCAGCGAUCAGGUGUCUCGUAUUGGACUUUGGGGACGAUCUAUGGGUGCAGUCACCAGCCUUCUUUAUGGAGCAGAAGAUCCAUCAAUUGCAGGAAUGGUCUUAGACAGUGCAUUCUCAAACUUAUUUGAUCUGAUGAUGGAACUAGUGGAUGUCUACAAAAUUCGACUUCCGAAAUUCACAGUUAAAGUGGCUGUGCAGUACAUGCGGCGAGUGAUUCAGAAAAAGGCGAAGUUUAAUAUCAUGGAUCUCAAUUGUCUCAAGGUUUCACCCAAGACUUUUAUUCCAGCUUUAUUUGGGCAUGCAAGUGGAGACAAAUUCAUCCAACCUCAUCACUCUGACCUCAUUCUCAAGUGCUAUGCGGGAGACAAAAAUAUCAUCAAGUUUGAUGGUGAUCACAAUUCUUCGCGGCCGCAAUUUUAUUAUGAUUCGGUGUUAUUAUUCUUCUACAAUGUUCUACGCCCGCCUCAGACUUCUUCAGCUUGCUCAUCUAAACUUGAAAGUUAUUACAAUUUGGGAGAUAUUGAUAGUGCUGCUGCUUUGGACGAGAGUUUUCUGUAUGAGAUCAUCUCUGGUCUUCGUUCGGCAUGUAUCGAUGUUGGAAGUUCGUCUUCUGCACCUCCUGCCUCUCUAACGACAAAGCCAACGAAUGAGCUCCUUUUAGAAGCCACCAUGCCCCUCACGGAUACUGACGAGGUGCUUGUAGAAGAUAAUGAUCACAACAUGGAUGACCUUGAAAACAUCGAGGGGAAGCUUGUUGAUCAGUUUGAAGAAGGAUGUUCAUUUACAAGCUCUAACAGGGAAAGCUGGGGCAGAUGCUCUUCACUAGGAGGCACUGAAGAAAAUGAAAGCUUGACCGCUUGCGAGGGUGAUCAGGUCGAGAAAACUGCUGUUGAAAACGCAGAAGAAAAGCCAGCAGACUCUACUAAACAAGGAGAAGAAGAAGAGCAGAAGGAGAAGAACAUUAAGAAAGGAGGUGAAACAAAUGCAAAGAAGCCUAAACGCGAGAAACUGGAAAGGCUCGAGGCCUUUACCAAAAGAUUGCGGCUUGGCAUCAUAAAGCGAGUAAACCAUGUAAGACAUCAUCGUUCGCAACCUUGA